UGAAUUCUCAAAACAGCCACAGUUGAGACGCCAAAAGAAACAAGAAAAAAAGAGCAAGCGUUGAGACUUGAGAGUUGAGUUCAGAGACGAAAAAGGAAAGAAACGAAGCGGGCCCUGCCGGAAAUGUCGAAAGAGCUGGAGCCAGAUGUUACUGGGUGGGAUGUCUCACUAUGGCGAAGAUUUCACAUGAACACGUAUAUUUGUUGUGUGUCUGUGUGUGGUGCGUGGGUGAAUUUGGUGGAUGCUGGAAUGAAAUGAAACAAAGGGUGCCGUUGAAGUAGAAAGAUUAGUGAUGAAUAAUAGGCUUCAGGGGUAACAGACCUCUGUAAGCUGUCGGUGAUAACUUCAUUGACUCUCAUCACUCAAAUCUUUUCACCAUGUCAGGCAGCAAUUGGAAAAUUACAGGAUGUAUACAACAAAGUGAGAGUGGGAGAGACGGUUUUUUUUUGUACGUAGGACCAAUAGAAGGCCGCUUAUUCUCUAUUUAUGUUGAGGCAAUAUUUGUUUAUUGCAAAAGUAAACAUAGAUACACAUUUUUAGGAGAAAAGAAAUGAAAGGUAAAAAGGGGGCAGCUAUCCCGCCGGAAACGGUGAAGAUGAAAACCCUAGAGUGUGAGGUGUUGAGAGGAAGCUUGUCGCCGUCGAAUACAAGAAAGUUUAAAUUGAGCACCAGGCAUCGGGAGGGUAACCAACCUCUCUACGGCAUUUCUUACAACUUCCUUGACUCUCAUCUCUUCGAUCUCUUUGCUACUGUCGGCGGCAAUCGGGUGAAUGUUUACCAAUGCCUUGAAGAAGGUCGUAUCGCUCUUCUCCAGUCUUAUGUCGAUGAUGAUGUGAACGAGUCCUUUUACACAGUAACCUGGUCAUGUAACCUUCAAGGGAAACCAUUAUUGGUGGCUGGAGGAGUCAAUGGUGUAAUUCGAGUCAUUGAUGUUGGAAAUGAGAAGAUACACAAGUCCAUCGUCGGUCAUGGUUACUCAAUAAAUGAAAUCAGGACCCAGAUGUUAGAACCAUCGCUUGUACUUUCUGCCAGCAAAGAUGAAUCUGUUCGUCUAUGGAAUGUCCAGACUGGAGUAUGCAUUUUAAUAUUUGCUGGAGCUGGAGGGCAUCGAAAUGAAGUCUUGAGUGCGGACUUUCACCCUUCAGAUAAAUAUCGCAUAUCAAGCUGUGGUAUGGACAAUACUGUCAAAAUCUGGUCAAUGGAAGAUUAUUGGACUAAUGUCGAAAAAUCUUUCGCAUGGACUGACCUACCAUCAAAGUUCCCUACAAAAUUUGUGCAGUAUCCGCUGUUUAUGGCUAAAGUCCAUACAAACUAUGUUGACUGCAAUAGGUGGCUUGGCGAUUUUAUCCUGUCCAAGAGUGUUCAGAAUGAAAUGGUGUUAUGGGAGCCAAUAAUCAAAGAUCAGCCACCAGGGGAGGGUUCUGCUGAUGUGCUCCAAAAGUACCCUGUUCCAGAAUGUGACAUGUGGUUUAUCAAGUUCUCUUGUGAUUUCCAUUACAAAGCUGCUGCUAUAGGAAAUAAAGAAGGAAAGAUUUUUGUUUGGGAUUUGCAGUCUAGCCCUCCUGUUCUCAUCACAAGGUUGUGUCAUGGAACAAAAUCAACUAUUAGGCAGACUGCAAUGUCCUACGAUGGAAAAACUAUCCUUAGCUGCUCUGAUGAUGGAUAUAUUUGUCGUUGGGAUGAGGAUACAACUUCCUAGGCUCCCUAGCAUUGAGUUUGCUAGAACUAUAUGCUCAUCGUGUUUCGUUGGAGAUCACCCUCUUUUGCAUUUGUUGACAGAGAGCAUUGCACUAGUUUACUUGAUCAAAAUUGAAUUUAUAAUCCCGUGUUUUUGGAACAGAACAAAGAUUUUACCUUGCGCAGAAGUCUGUUUAAACAUGUUGGCUAAUUAUAUUUCUUUACUUUUACAA